UAUUGUGACGGGUUUUUUUAGCGGUUUUAUUCAUUUGUCGCUAGGUUUAGUUUAGUGACGGUUUCGUGACACUUUUAUAAACUGCCGCUACACUACUUCAAUUAAGUUAGGUUUGUUUAACCUAGGCUCCUUUUGUUGCGCGCAAAAUUCUAAACGUCUGUCUCUCUCUCAGGUUUUUCUAUUCAUGUUUUCGAGAUUAAGGUUUUUUGUGUUUUUUGGGUGUCGAUGGAAAAAUGAGAGGAGCAACUAGUCCCACCAUUAUUAAUGGCAUGCGUUGAAAAACCUGCAAAUGGAUACUAGGCGCCGCCGCUUUGACCGUCAAAAUAGGGCCGUGCUUUUUCAAGGUCCGCUUUAACGGCCACAGACACGGAGACACAUGAGAAUAUUCCAACGGCAAUUAAUCACUCGCAUAUUAUCAAUCCAGCGGUCCAAAAAAAGAAUACUUGAACGGUGCCGUUUUGCUCUCCUUCUUCAACUCUAACCAAUGGCGGUCAUGGAUAUCGAUUUCCAGUCCUCCCUCUCUCUCUCAUAUGCAAACAAGUGAGUUAUAUGUACGGGCAUUAACAAUCUUCGAGAACAGAAUCACGUGACGGUGACGGUGACGGUGACGGGAUCAUGAUAUCAGCAAUUAAUCACAGCCAAUAGUAUCGCAACGCUUGUCUCAUCUCUCCAUUCUGCGGGCAUGCUUUAUGCCAUUUCCGACGCAGUAACAUUUCAUUUGCCGGCGAGGAGGGAGCCGGAGGGGAGAACGAAGAGAAAUCGCUGUGAAUUUUACUUUGAAGGGGAAUUUUCGAGUAGACGCCGAGUCGACUGGCCCUAAAUCGCGGUGGCCCGGCUGGAUCGGUCUGUGGGCGCACUGAAUCCAUUUCUCUUUUUUGUUGUCUUCUUGCAUUUUUUUCGGAAGACCAAGCUGGCGGUGAUGAGAGGAAGCUUGCUGAUUAAUCGUCGCGGGCUGCAGAGGUUCCGGCAACUCGCUAUCUCGUCCGUUGGAUCGGCGAAGAUCAAGCUCCUGCUCGGUUGUUGUAUCGGAUUUACGAUUAUAGCUCUGGCUUGCCGCUCGUCUGAUUUCAUGAGAUGGUCCAAUCAGAAUGCCUCUCUGUAUCAGUCCUCUAGCCAAAGGAAGGGAUAUGCUAUUUUGAUUAACACUUGGAAGAGAUAUAAUCUCUUGAAGCAGUCCAUUUCUCACUAUUCAUCUUGUGCUGGAAUAGAUUCCGUACAUAUUGUGUGGAGUGAGCCAAAUCCUCCAUCAGAUUCUCUCGUUAAAAAUUUAAAUCAUGUUGUACAGUUGAACUCUAGAGGUGGGCGGAAAUUUGAGUUGAUUUUUGACAUCAACAAAGAAGACAGUUUGAACAACAGAUUUAAAGAAAUUAAAGACUUGAAGGCUGAUGCUGUUUUCUCCAUUGAUGACGAUGUUAUAUUUCCUUGCACAUCUGUACAACUUGCUUUUGAUGUUUGGCAAAGUGCGCCUGAUACGAUGGUGGGAUUUGUGCCACGCACUCAUUGGCUCGAUCAAUCGGAAAGCCAUAGGGAUUACUAUAUCUAUGGUGGAUGGUGGUCUGUGUGGUGGACAGGGAGAUAUAGUAUGGUACUCUCAAAAGCGGCCUUCUUUCACAAAAAGUAUCUUAGACUGUAUACAAAAGAGAUGCCAACAUCAAUUAGGGAAUAUGUAACCAAGAACAGGAAUUGUGAAGACAUUGCAAUGUCUUUUCUUGUUGCAAAUGCAACUGGUGCUCCCCCAAUAUGGGUGAAAGGUAAGAUAUUUGAGAUCGGUUCAACUGGAAUUAGUAGUUUGGGAGGUCAUAUUGAUAGAAGAACACGAUGCGUAAACAGAUUUGCUACUGAGUAUGGGAAAAUGCCACUGGUAAGUACUUCUGUUAAAGCUGUUGACAGCCGCAAUACCUGGUUUUGGUGAUGCUGAGGUUCACAUUGUUGCAUUCCUGAGUACCCAUUUUUUAGGUUCAACAGCUAAGCCAUUCCAUUUUUUCCCCAGUAGUAUUUUAGCUGUAUAAUACGGAUUACUCUAACUAAUAUGAUGGAGACAGAGGCCGAUUUAGCAUGCCUCCGAUAUUCUGUAAGUUCACCAUUUUACCAGGUAUUGUUGUAAAACAAGAGGGUAGUUGCCACUGGACAUAAUCGCUUCUUUUUGUAUUGCAAGUUAAUACUAGGAAGUCACUUGUGGGAUAAGGACAUUCUUCAGUUGUAUCUGUUCUUUAAUUUGUAUCUGUUUGACGAUUAAUUCUACCUUAAUCUCCUUUGUCUGUGGUGCAGAAAUUACUGUUUGAAUGAGAAUACUGUUCUGUAUUGUUUUUGCCCGUUAUCGGCAAUAA